AUGGAACAAGAAGCUACAACUAAACUAAAUCCAGUAGAAUCAGAAACCAGCUAUGACACUAUCAAAGCUACAAUUGGUGAUUUUGGACGGUGGCAAUUGAAAAUUUCGCUUCUAAUGGCUAUGGUUAAAUUCCCUAUAGCCUGGUUUCAAAUGAGCAUAGUGUUUUUAGCCCCGCCCGUUGAAUUUUGGUGCCAAAAACUACCAGGAUCAGAAAAUAUAACAGACCAGGAAUGGAAAAGAUUGACUUUACCAUCAGAAAAUCAAACAUCUAAACAGAAUGGUAUCAAUCAAGGGUUUUGUGUCAUGAAACCAACUUCAAAUCAAUCAAGUCUGCUAUCAUGUCCAGGAUACACGUACAACGAAUCAGUAUUCACAUCAACAAUAACAUCAGAAUGGGAUUUAGUGUGUGACAGGCAAAAUUUGGCAGAUUUUUCUCAAGUCAGCUUGAUGUUUGGAAUACUUUUGGGUAACAUAAUUUUCGGAAUACUGGCUGAUCAAAGAGGACGAAAGAAAAUUUUAUUAAUUUGCCUGGUGCUGCAGUCUAUUUUUGGUAUUGGAGCUUCGAUAAGUCCUCAUUUUUGGAUGUUUGUGUUGUUGAGAUUUUGUCUAGCUCUUGCAAAUGGAGGUACAAUGGUAACCUCUUUCGUUAUUUGCAUGGAGGCCGUUGGCGGUAAAUGGAGGACCAUAGUACCGAUUUUGUACCAGAUACCUUUCGGCUUUGGCUAUUCUUCGUUGGCUGGAAUUGCCUACUUCAUAAGAGAUUGGAGAGAUUUACAUGUCGCCAUUAGUGUAUUGUCUUUGCCUUAUGUGUCAUUUUCUUGGUUGGUUCCAGAGAGUCCACGUUGGCUCUUAGCGAUCGGUAAACACAAGGAAGCUUUGAGGAUUUUAAAGAAAGCUGCCAAAGAAAAUAAUUUGAAACUUUUUGAUAUUGCUAAUGAAAUGACCAAUUUGUCUAAGCAGGGAUGUACCAAACAACCUAAAAUGAGCUUUAAACAGCUGUUUUCCACAAAAAUACUCAUAAGAAGGACUUAUCUGCUUUGUAUAAAUUGGUCACUUGCUGGAAUAUCGUUUUACGCCUUUAUACAGCAUAUAGGACACGUCAGCAAUAAUUUAUUUUUUACUGUUGCCGUUGGAGGAUUUAUCUCAUUACCUGGAACAAUUAUUUGUGUUUUUCUUGUCAGCAAUUAUGGCAGACGAAUGACUAUAAGUUAUUCAUAUUUGUUGACUGCAACAUGUUCAUUGCUGAUUUUGGCAUUUCCAAAAGGAGUUUACGUUUUUGAUUGGCCCAGAGUCAUAUUGGCUGGUAUCGGUAUAAUUGGCCUCUCUAUUUCCAUUCCUGCCAUGUACUUAUUCACCGGUGAACUUUACCCUACAGUGAUGCGAAAUUCAGGUGUGGGGUUGGCAAUGAUGUUUAGUCGCUUGGGGUCAAUGAUAGCUCCUAUUUUGGUUUCGCUUCAGAACGUAGCUAGUUUCCUGCCUCUAUUAAUCAUUGGAAUUCUAUCGAUUUUACAGGCUGUAUUAAUAUAUCCUUUGCCUGAAACCCAAGCGUACAUUUUACCUAAUACUGUUGGGGAUUUGGAGUUGUUGGAAAAAAGGAAACAACCAAAUUUUCCAAAGAAAACAUACCAAUUGAAGCCAAAGUGCAAUGAAGAGUAUUUUUAUUAAUAAUUUGUUUUUAUAUUUAGC